AGUAAAAACCUUUUGGCUGGGCCUUUGGCGAAACCGUUGCAUGGCAAGGACGUUUCGAAGUCUGGUGUUUGUCACUUGUAUCUUCGAGGGUUCUGAAUGCCAACAACACAACUUCAGUUAUACACACCAUCUUUUCGGCUAUAUUGGAUCUUGAUUGAUGUCCUGACAGAGAAAAUUCCGUGGCAUCCCUCGGCUGCUGCAUCGAGAGAAUGUCAGACAUCAACCCUACAUCACCUCCGUUCGAAGUCGCUUCGCCCAACGACCGGGGCGUAUCGGUGUCUAUUGUCAAUGUCAUUCUGAUCAUCUUUACUGGCAUUGUGGUGAUUUCCAGAGCCAUAACAAGACUGACCAUCACUCGCCUGACUGCUUUGGACGAUCUCGCCAUUUUUGCAGCUCUUGCCUUUUCCAUAAUACAAUGUAUCUUUGUUCAAAUUUCGAGGAACCAUGGAUUAGGCAAACAUCGGGAUAAACUAUCUUCUCACCAAUUCUUCGAAUAUAGCCGGUUCAACUAUGCAGGCCAACUCCUCACCAUCUUCACCUUGAUCUGUGCCAAAUUGGCGGUUUCGCGCCUCAUCCUGACCAUUCGUCCAAAGCAACCAGUUCGCCUGGCCACUUAUGCCACCGAGGGAAUCGCCAUCCUGUGGGCUGUGACGUCCAUCUUCGCUCUCGCCUUCCAAUGCGACGUACCCAACCCUUGGAUCCAAGGCCCUGGAAGAUGUGUAAAUCUGAAAGGGUUGUAUUAUUAUGUUGGAAUAUUCAACCUUUUGACCGAUCUGGCAUUGGUCAUCCUCCCUAUUUUUGUAGUCUCCGGACUUCAGUUGAAGAUGUCCAAGAAACUUUUUGUCUUUUCACUGUUUGCCACAAGAAUCAUAACCGUCGGAGUCAUCAUCGCCGAACUUGCCACUCUAAACCCUUACCUUGACGCCGUCAAAUCCCAGAAUGGCGACCAAACCUUCGAGAUCGCCAUCCCCACCCUCCUCAACCAGAUCAUGAUCUUCGCGAGCGUCGUGACGGCCUGCGUGCCCAGUCUGCGGAGGGUGGUGACCGAACUUCAAACCCGGCAGACCGGUUUGCACGUCGACCGGGCCCUCGAACUCGCCUACGGAUCCGGCAAGUACGGCAACGGUACGGUCCCGACGGCCAAGGGGUCGAGCUCGGGCUCGCACCACGGAGGUGGAGGAGGCGGUAACACAUCGUCCAACGUCGUCAACGGCGGUAGCAGCAACAACAACGGGAUCCCGUACGGGCACAACAUCCACGCACCCAUCGGGAACAUGGCUUCGAUAUACACCUCCCACAAUCGGGAAAAGACCACGGCAGACCACAGUCGCCCGUCGAGUCAGGAGCACCUGAGGCAGGACGGCAACAUACAUUACACGCAAGAGUAUAGUGUAGCGACCCUCGAUGACGAGACUAGGUCCACGCCUUCGGAGAGACGACAAGAGUCGGAACUCAAUUGAGACAAGAAGGAAAAUCAAGAACAAAGCGGAAGCGAACGCAAAAAGCGAAGAGAAAGUUUCUUUGGAUGCAAAUUGUUUUUGAUUCUUGAGAAUUGCAAGCACUUUUUUCACCUUUUUACGAUGGAUGCGCACGAUUUCCCAGGGAAUAUGUACGGGGUGUACGUCCGUACAAAGGAUAUUGCCAGUCAAGGAAGCGUUUUGAGUACUUCGAGCCAAUACUGGUUUUCCCCCUCAAGGACUCGGUCAUCUUCGCUUGCUUGCUUGCUUGCCUCCUUCCAUUGUUCCACGUGGCUGACCGCUCAAAGCGUUGCUGGGGAGCGGGGAUGAUACUAAUAAUAUAGGUGUUUUAUAAGGGGUAUAUGUACGUAGUAUACAAAACUCAAUCAGGCAUUGCACUCUCG